CGCGACUCGCCAAUCGACGUUUGGUACGUACCUACAUAGGUGUAUAUACGUACCUUACCUCUCUGGGCGUUGUGCACGCAGCACACUGCAUGCACAUCGUUGAAUUUGAGGACGCAGCAGCCACACCAACACGCAGGUCAGUCGACGCUCCACGCAGGAAAGCCGGCCCCGGGUCGCGCCUCUCCCCUUGUCGCCCUUUUUUUAGGGACAUCGAGUCGUGGCUCCAUAAAAAAAUCUAAUUAAAUUCCCAAUCAUGGCUCAACCCCCCGAAGCAGCCCCGUUGCGACCGCAGUCGUCUCUCGACUCGGCUCCCGUUCAGCCGCGUGUGCAGCCAAACCCUGACGCGCCCGUCGAGCAGAAGCAUCAAUAUCAGCACCUAUAUCACCCACCACAGCAACAGCAAGCAGAGUUUCGAGUAAACUCACCGUCAGCCGAAACACCACAAGCCAGUGACGCGCCGGCCGUCGGGAGUGUGGACACGCAUUCGACCAACGAUAGGGGCGGACGAAGCCCUCUUGCUAUCGACGGGAAGACCAGAGCGGAUGCCGCCUCGACGGUCAACGGCAGCUCCAACAGUCGCGCGUCGGUUGCACUCCCCGCGGACCCAGCAACAAGCGUCCACGACGUCCGGACCGAGACGCAGCACCGCGGCGCGCCAGUGCCAGACCGUCUAGGGAUGUCCAACGCGCAACCGCCGCCCGGAGCCGCUCGGCAGCCGGUAGCAUACUCAAGCCCGGCAGCUUACCCGCCCGCCGGCAUGCCACCAGGCUCGCAAUAUGUAUAUUCACCACAGUCAAUCCAUUCCGCGGAUCCCUACCGGCCGAACCCGACCACUCUCCCCAGCAUGCGGACGCUCGAUCACCGGCAGUCUCAAGGGCAACCGCAGCACGCACUCCCUCUGGGUGCACACAUGGGUGCCCCAAUGACGCCGGCUCCCGCUCCCGCUCACAUGGGAUACUACGGCGUUCAUCCCCACCCAGUGUACGGUAUUGGAGAUCCCAACGCGAUGCGUUUUGCCAUUCCCCCCAGUUUAUCCCACGAUCCACGCAUUUCCUUAAGCGGGGGUAGACACAAGAAGGAGAUCAAGCGGCGUACAAAAACGGGCUGUCUAACCUGCCGUAAGCGCAGGAUAAAGUGCGACGAGGCGCACCCAACUUGUAACAACUGCAAGAAGUCGAAGCGUGAAUGUCUUGGUUACGACCCCAUCUUUAAGCAGCAGCAGGGUCCGGCAGCCAUUCAACCCGCCCCGAACAACCCGCCCACAGCCGCGCCCCCCACAGUCUUACCCCCGUCCAGCGCGCCUCCUUCGACCGUUCACCCCUAUCAAGCGUCCUAUCCGCCUGCCUUCCCGUCGAAUAUCGCGUCGAGCCCUACCCCGUCGGCCGCCCAGCAAAGCGUGAAACCCGAGCCUGGUUACGAUUACGUGACCGCCAUCGACCCAGCGUUGCAAAGCGCUGACACGGCAGGCGCCGCGGGUCCACGGGCACCUCGAUACCAGCAGAUCAACGUUGUCGGAGGGGCGGGCCAGGGCGCUCUCGGCCCGAACCAUUUGCGAGGUGGCACCCCCUUAUCUCCUUCCACCCCGUCUGCAAUGUCCCAACCUCAGAUCCGGGAGACCAUGUCCACUCAUACGAUAUCUCCAGCAAAGAGGAUGAAGGUCGAUGAGCUCAUAGCUCUGGGCGGCGCAGCCCUUGAGUCGCCGAGCUCGCCGCCCUCCGCCGAGAUGCUCGAUGAGAUUACGAAGCUCUACCGCGAAAUCUAUGUCCCAGGUCUCACUCUCUUCUUUGAAACACGGUGGUAUGACUUCGAACAGAACCGGGCGACGGCGGCAGAUCCGACAGCCGUGCUCCGCAACAAUCAAUCCCUCACUUCGCUCUUCGCUUCCUUUGUCCGCACAAUAUCCAAGAUCAAAAGCACCGAUCCUGCGGACAUGGUACCUUCUGGCCAGCUUGAGACAUCGGUCAUCUGGUCUCUCGCGCGGCUGCCCCUCUUGGCCAAUGUUGUCCAACCCCAGCGAUACGCGGAAUCGGUUCCCGCUGAAGACGACGCCCGGGAAGCGCGCGAGCGUGUCCAGGUUUUUGAGGCUCUCAUAACGGGCGAAACCCUUGCAGGCAACCCGCUUUCGCCGCCACCUGCCGGAAACAUCCAUCCAUUGCGCAGAAAUGAGCUUGAAUUCUGGUACCAGCUCGCCGAAUAUCUCCUUCAGGAUCACGCGUCCCCUUCCCCCGCAGACGCUUCGGCCAGAGAGCGUUGCCUAGGCGUGAUGAGAUCGCUCUUGGACGGCAGGGAGAACCGGGAUGUGCUCUACAGUAUCGCAGUGCUCAGGGAAUACACGGCGUACUGGGACGCGGGCUCCAACGAGCAAUCAGUGCCCUCACAUCUCGAGGAGUCUGACCUGCGUAGCAAGCUCGCUGUAGCGACCAGGUUCAUUCGGGACGAGUCAACCAGGGCAGGCGGCACUACGAACGUGGUCCGGCGCUUUGCCGAACUUGCGUAUCGUGCAUUCGUCCGGCCCGGUGUCAACGUGAAUAGGGCCAGAGCGAGGAGCUAGCGACUCUGCGGUUGUAUUGCGCUCUAUGCCGAGGAUGGUUUCUUUCGACAUUGGGAGGUAAAACCUCGCUGAUUCAUCUACCACUAUAUAAACCGGGUGAGGGCACGGGGGCGCCUGGGUUACGCAUUCGUCGCUGCCACCGUACUUUACCGCGUAUUUGUACUUGCUGGCUGGCAUCUCCGCGUUUCCAGGUGCCGGCACAGUUUCACUGGAGUCGCUUGUACACUAGUACCAUAGAAGGAGCUGUAUCGUGGCUGUCGAGGCGUCAGGGGUGUUGGUCAUCAAGGGGAACAAAAAAUAUAUCCGCAUCAUUUGACC